CUACUGAUGGGUGACACCGCUGGGCACUGAUGGGUGACACCGCUGGGCACUGAUGGGUGGUAUUGCUGGGCACUGAUGGGUGACACUGCUGGACACUGUUGGGUGGCACUGCUGGGCGGCAUUGCUGGGCACUGCUGGGCGGCACUGAUAAUCAGAAGAUCUCCCCUGUCACAUUUGCCGGUUAACGGCAGUACUUUCCUCAUGCUGUGACAGCUGCCGGUUCUCGGCUGCACUUUCCUCACGCUGUCAGAUCGUGAGGAAAGUACUGCCGAGAACCGGCAGUUGU